AUGUACAAAGUGUUAUCCAAAUUGCUUGCGUCCAGAUUGAAGAAAGUGCUUCAUGUUUUGGUUUCCGACUGCCAGAACGCUUUCAUCCCUGGUAGGCAUCUUCUUGAUGGAGUUCUUAUAGCUAAUGAACCGGGGGAUUAUGCUACUAAGGAUUCCAAAUCCUGCUUUCUCUUCAAAGUCGUUUUCGAGAAGGCGUACAACAAGGUUAGCUGGAGUUUUUUGAAAUACGUUCUGAGGAGAAUGGGGUUCGUUAUUAAAGCUUUAACGAGAUUGGUUAGAAGGUCAGUGGAUGAGGGCGAUUUUACCGGCUUCAACAUUAAGGGAGUUUGUAUGGUUGACAUUCUGCAGUUCGCAGAGGGUACUUUGAUGGUUGGCGACGGAAUUUGGAAGCACGUCUGGGCCCUUAAGACGGUGAUAAGGGGUUUUGAAUUAAUUUUCGGGUUUGGGGUUAAUUAUCAUAAGAGUAAAAUUAUCGGCAUUAACCUCAACUCAAAUUUUCUGAAUGCUGCGGCUCACUUUCUAUCUUGUAAGGUUGAGGAAAAUGAGUUUUCUUUUCUUGGGAUUCCGAUUGGAUCAAAUCCAAGAAGAAUUUCAUUUUGGAAACCGUUGAUCAGUAGUAUUAGGAAUCACUUAUCCGGUUGGAAAAGUAGAUUCCUUAGUUUGGGGGAGAGAGACUUUAUGGUUGAAUAUUCUGAGGGGCAGAUAUGGUUGUCUGCAGGUCCAUCUCUUUACUGCCUGUCUUCUUUGAAAAACUCUUCUGUUGUGGAUCUGGGUGUUUGGGAAGAAGAUUGUUGGUAUUGGGGAAAUUUAGGUAUCCUGGUGGAAGAAGGGUCAGAGGAAGCAGUUCUGCUGAAUUCUUUGAGAAAUUUGUUAGCUUCAGUGGCACCUGACAUAGCGAAGGCGGAUCCGAUUCAGUGGAAUCCCAACUCUGUCAAUGGCUUCACAGUGAGUUCCUGCUAUGGCAGUCUGAAUGGGCAGGAGGUUUCACAAAUUGACGACGGCGAGAAAGUUGAGGCCUUGGAAAAGAUCUAG